UCUCUCUCUCUCGCUCGCUGCUGGACCGGUUUGAGCGUUUGCAUUUGGAGUAUGGCCGCUGCUGCGUGCAGUUCACGUAGCGCGAGUGGCACUAACAAUAGCAGUGGUGGUCGAACACCUCACGAGCAGCGGCUCGCAGCACGGAGACGCCAGGACUCGCGCAGACGACAGGCUGCACUUUCUUUUCUCAGCAGUAUCUCCCUGGACGGACGGCCCUUGGUGACGACGCAGCCGGUUAAUGCUCAUCUGGAAGUCGCUGAACGGCCAUGUCCGCAGACGGUGGUGUCUUCAGUCCAGCUCAUGUCCCCGGAGCUGGGGCACCGUGUACCCAGUACCGGAAACAAGGACAAGUUUGGGUUCUCUUUUCCAUUAAGUCCGGUGACACCAGCCCCUCUUGCUAAGCAGUCAUUACCAAUAGGGAAUCAUGUAGUGCAGCCCACCCCUGGGCUUGGAGGGGGCUCGCUUUCGCUGGGUAUAGAUGUGCCUUUGCAAAGACCUAGACAUAUUUCCGGAUCACCUAAGAAAAAACACUUGAAGAAAGUUCAUUUUAUCAGGAAUAUGAGACAGUAUGAUACAAAAAAUAGCAGAAUUGUUCUCAUCUGUGCCAAACGGUCUCUUUGUGCAGCUUUUUCUGUACUGCCUUAUGGACAACAAGUACAGAACAAUGACAUCAUCCCGGAAGGACAGGCGCUACAGCAUCCAUCAGGAGUUGCAACAGCAGCAGGAGAUGCAACGGUCCUUGGCCUAGAGGGAGUCGAAAUGGGAGGAGCAGAUGGAAAGACUGUUUCCUAUGCACGAUUCCUGUUCCCAACCAAUGCUCUUGUAACCCCUAAAGGUGACUGCCAAGGGACAUACACACAAAGUCGAACCAGUGUCCAACGGAACUUCCCUCAUGCCAAAUACAGUAGUGGAGCAGGGUCUUCUGAAACAGACCACAUUAAUAGAGUAUGUGAAACCAUCUGACCUGAAGAAGGAUAUGAAUGAAACUUUCAAGGAGAAGUUUCCUCAUAUUAAACUGACACUGAGCAAGAUCCGCAGCUUAAAGCGAGAAAUCAAGAAUGUGGCAUUGGAGUGCAACUUGGAACCUAGAAUUGUUGCAGUAGCCUACGUUUACUUUGAAAAGCUCAUCCUACAAGGAAAAGUAAACAAACAGAAUCGAAAGUUGUGUGCAGCAGCUUGUAUGCUGUUAGCAGCCAAGAUCGGUAGCGACCUGAAGAAGCAGGGAGUGAAGAACCUCAUUGAUAAGCUAGAAGAGCGAUUUCGAUUGAACAGACGAGAGUUAAUUGCGUUUGAGUUUGCUGUGCUCGUUGCCUUGGAGAUGGCCCUGUAUCUUCCAGAGAACCAGGUCUUACCUCAUUACAGGCGCUUGUGUCAGCUUUCCUGAUUCAGCCGUUCCUCCACUACCAAAUUCGCACUUGGACAUCUCUCAACUGCUGACUGUAUUGCUGCUUGUUAGCAGCACAAAGCACCAUAGGAGCAAAUGUACUAAAGCUGAUGCUGGUGAAAUUACAGCUAAAUCACUCCACUUUAAGACUGUGUAUUUUUGGAAUUGUUGCCAAAAUAAUUGGGUUUUGUAUAUAGAUUUCUAAAAAAAAAUUAAACUGUAACAUAAAUGGGU